AUGCAGGCCGACUGCCCUAUUGAACAGAAGCGAUCCCAAACUACGGUGGCCCAGCAUUGCGCAGGUUCCACUUCCAACAGCAGUUUGCAGGCUUUGGGGGCUGGCCCCUGCUCCUUGCAAUCGCGUCAAGGUGCAGGAAUGCAUCUCGACGGCAGCAACACUGACGAGAUCGCGAAGACGAGGCCUGCCUCGCCGCAGAGCUCUCGUGCCCUUGCUGAUCUCACCUUUGUGCAGAACAAGUCCAUUUUGCGGUGGUUGCGGGCAGUCAAGGAGGACAUAGCAGAUUUGGAGACUGUGUCAGGAGCUGCACUUCUGUGCGAUGAGAGAGUCGAGGACCUGAGGAAAGCCAAUGCACUCUUGGCAGAACUAGAGGUGAAGGUGGCUGCAAUGCCAGCGGAGGAAUUCGCGACAGCAAACGUGGCUCUGAAAUCACAUUGCCCUCCCGUGCAGCAAAAGAACGAAAACGUAGUGUAUAGGAGGGAGGGCCCACCAAGCCCUGCCGUGAUCAGGCGUUCGCAGACCGCCGCUGUGCUGGGAAUGAAGAGACACUGCGAGAGGAACAUUGCAUACUUGCUGGAAAGGACUGUUCGGUCUGAAGAAGAGGAGGACGAGCUGAAGGUUGAGAGAGAAUUGCUGGCUCAAGUGGAGGCUGAGAUUGCAGCGACACCAGCAGAAGACCUUGCUGAUGUAGAAGCCCGGAUUGCGGAGCGUCAGAAGAUAAGGAGGACUUGACCAGCAGGAUCGUGUUCUUCACCAACACGCGUGUCCCCUCCUGAAGUGUCUAACAUUGUUUAGAAGGUCAAUUGGUGGUACUAGGAUACAAACGAAGGCAAUCUUGUGUCUGUGGCAUACUGAAUGUAGCGGGGCUGUGUGCCCCUCCUGCGCUAGGUCAAGCAGGUCGAACCAGGGACAAGAAGUUUCUAGGAGAAGGUCUGCACUCGGUCCCUGUCCAUGAACGAAAA